GCCAAUGGAAGAAGUUAUCCUUGAUUUUGUCUCCAAUCUUAAAUGUCAGUGUCUAACUAGCUGCUGCACUAUUUGGCGGCCGAUGGAAUGAGGCAUCUCAAUAUUAUCACCAGUGCCUAGAUGUCUUUACUUGCUCCUUUCUAGUUUUAAACGAUUCCCCAUUUCAGCAUUCCACUGGGACUGAUAUUCCUAGAGGCUUUCUCAAGCAGGUUUCAGGGAUUAGCCACCACAAAUCCACCAAGUUAGCCUAAUUCAAGCCCCUUUUCGCAUACUUUGCAUUUUCACAUUUCAUCCAACUAUAUCUUUGAUUAUAGCAUGCCUUCAACGCCUCAUGCUCCAUCUUCACCUGCACGACCUGGGCGGUGCAGUCCUUGGGUAAUUGCCCCAGUUGCUAUCAUUUGCACUACCCUCCUGGUGUUUAGGUAUUUCAGGGUACUAAAACGACUCUGCUGUGCUUGCACUGCUGCAACAUAUUCUAGAAACCAGGGUCAAAGGCGAUUUCUAGAUGACAGCAACUUUGAUCCUCCUCCUUCACAGAACCAGAGCAAUGCACUGGAAUCCACUGUUAUACACUCUCUUCCCAUCUCCCAAUACAAGAAGGAAAACAAAGAAGAACCACAGCCGAGCAACACUGAUUGUGCAGUUUGCUUGGGUGAGUUUGAAGAAGGAGAUUUGCUAAGACAUCUACCAAAUUGCACACAUGCGUUCCACAUUUCUUGCAUUGACACUUGGUUUCUGUCACACUCAAGCUGCCCGCUUUGCAGAUCAAGUGUUUCUGAGCUACAAAUAAGGCCAGAAUGCUCUGUAUCUAUGUUCACGAUAGUAGAGACCUUAAGCAGAGAAGAUUUCUCGCAGGACAGGGCAGCACAUUACCAAAUGCUACGCUCUGAGGUCCUACGAAAUUCAGCACUUACGUAUGCAGCAACAGGCGGUCGAUAACAAUUUUGAGCAUAGAACACACAUGGGAAGGGGUCGUCAGAUAACUUGGCUGGUAAAGAACAUUGGAAUUGUACGAAGAACUCUGCUUCCCAGGGCUAAAUUAAGCUGCCAGAGUGCAAUGAAUCAACUUAUAAGGGAUAAGUUGACAGCAAAAAAAUCUCAAAACCAAGACAAUUUAGUUCCUGUAGGAUAAACGGACACCAAUUCUGGCGAAAGCUAAUUUUGUAGCGAUACAAACAAAAAAUGUGGGGCUGUUGCCCCAUCUUGAAUUUUUUGUAUUUAGUCCACAAAAAGGCUGCAGAUUCUGCAAUCCAAGAACAAAACAUCAAAUAACCAAAUUUAUGGACCUUCUAGCUAAUUGAACGCUCUUGGUUAAUGAGAUGGGAUGGAAUGGUUCACAGUAGUCAUGAAAUGAUUCAAAAACGACUGCACCAGCCGGGAAUCGAACCCGGGUCUGUACCGUGGCAGGGUACUAUUCUACCACUAGACCACUGGUGCAGAUACCCAACACUUAAACGCACCUUUUUCAUGAUCUCCGAAUAAUUUUUCCAACGUAAAAGGAUCUUUUCUCGGAGCGGCCACUUCCAAAGUUCUUGUCGAUAUAGUUUAUUUUCCCAUUAAGAAGAUUAGAUGCAUCGCCCUUCACCAUCACUGAUACUUGAGUUGAAAGCAGUCCUCAAUCAGCGAGAAAGUGGCGACAAAAGAUUCAUGCAAACAUUGAGACCGCAUGAAGAGGCAAAAGGUUAUAUAUCUUGCACGUAUAAACCUUAAGACCCACCUCCAGAAAUGACCAACUAAUGCAGAUGGUCAAACUCAAAUUCAUGCAACACACCUCAAAUAUGCAAACAUGUUAAGAGGUUUUUGUCUAAAAACCUUUUUUAUAAGUUAGUGUCGCUGCAUCCAUAAAACCAUCACCACGACCACUCGCCUUUGUUAUUUUGAAGCUUGCCAAUCAAACCAGAAUACACAU